AUGGAAGAGAGAUUGAACUUUGUCGUUAUAUCUAGGAGAGCCAUGGGUGCAUUAGCUAGAGGGGAGAGUGAUCAAAAGGAGAAUCUAUUUCAUGCUAGAUGCAAAAUAUUGGACAAGGUGUGUUCGUUGAUUAUUUAUGGUGGAAGUUGUACCAAUGCGGUGAGCCAAUUCUUGGUUGAAAGUAUGAAAUUCCCCACAAGAAAACAUACUAGUCCUUACAAACUUCAAUGGUUGAAUGAGUGUGGUGAAAUAAGGGUAACCAAGCAAGCUAUUAUUAAAUUUAGCAUUGGAAGGGAUGCCCAACAUAAUGGGAGGUCCAACAAGUAUUCAUUUGUGUUCGAGGGUAGAAAGUACACUCUUGCCCCAUUGACACACUAUCAAGUGAGUGAAGAUUGUCGAAUCAUGAAGGAACUCCAGGAGAGGGUUAAAAAGGAGGAAAUAGAGAAGCGUGAUAAGGGAUCCUUGGUGGCUAUUGGUGGAGAAGGAUCAUCUCAAGAUGGAUCCAAGAGGUGUAUGUUGGCCAAACCAAUUAAUUGUUUGAAAGGAAUUGAUGAAAGGCACUUUAUGGAAUAUGACGAGCUAUUUCUAGAGGAAAUUACCAAUGGAUUACCUCCAUUGAGGGGUAUUGAACAUCAAAUUGACUUUGUGCUGGGUUCACAAAUUCCCAACAAAUCGGCUUAUAGGACCAAUCCGGAAGAAACAAAAGAAUUGCAAAGGCAAGUUGAGGAGAUUCUUGAAACGGGUCUAGUGAAGAAGUGUCUUAGCCCAUGCGCCGUUCUGGUGAUUCUUGUUCCAAAUAAAGAUGGAACUUAG